AUGCCUCAUAUUACAUUAUUAAGAAGAAUGUGUACAUCAAAUAAAAAUCAUUUUAAAUUAGAUAAUCUAAAUAAUGAAAUUUUUAAAAAUUUAAGAAAUAAAACAUUACUAUUGAAAAAAGAAAAAGUAUAUGUAUACCCACCCGAAGAAUAUUUACAUAUAACAGAUAUUGAAAAAUCGUUCCCAUUAAUAUUCGGUACAUUAAAACAGAAAUAUAAAAUAAAUACUAAUUUUAUUGAAAUAAAAGUUAUUGCAAAGAAGUACUUAGAAUCUUAUAAAAGUGAGUGUUUAGGCAAUUUAGAAAAUCUUAAUCAUAAAAUAAAUUGUAAGGAAUUUGAUUUGAAUAAUAAUAAUGAUAUAACUGGUAGCAAUAGCAAUAAAAUAAAUAUUGAAAAAGAAAAGGAGAAUAAAAAUGAUGAAAUUUCUUCAUAUGAAAAUAAUAACGUAGACUUUUUAGAUUCCUUUGUACAAUUAAAAAUUCCUAUUUUGAGUGAAUAUGAUCAAAAUGGUUUAUUUAAUCAUAUAAUUGAAGUAAUUGAUUCACUAGCAGCUGAUGUAAUAUAUAGGCAUAGUACGGGAGUUUAUAAAAAAGAUAGUAAAUAUAAUUUUGUAACUGUUUUAUUUAAUAACUUAAAAGUAUAUGAAAAAAGUAAAAUUCAUCAUAAAUUUUGCUUUUCAUUAGAUCAACAAAAACCCUUAACAAUAAACUGCUACAUUGUUCAUGCAGGAAAUACUUCAUAUACAUUAAAAGUUGAUUUUUUUCAAGAAAAUAAAAUUAUUUUUGAUAUAUAUACUACUUUUGUUAAUAUAAAUAAUUUAACAUUUAAACCUCAACCUGUUAUUGAUGUUUAUAAUUAUACAAAAAAUAAAGAAUAUGAAGAAGUAGAAAAGUUUACAACUCAUCUAAAAGAUGUGCAAAGUUUGUUUAAUCAUAAAGAUGUUAAAAAUAUUAAUUUAGAUGAAAAAGAUUUAAAUUUUAUAUUAAAUUAUUUUAAAGAUGUUAAAGUUGAGAAAAAGCCAUACAUAAAAAAUAUAUAUGAAAAUACGAAUAUUUAUGAUAAAUAUAAUGAAAAAAAAGAAAAUAGUCUAUCAGUUAUUGAUAAUAUCUUAGAUAGAAAUGAUUUAUCCUUUUAUAUAGGAAAAUCAAAUUUUUAUUGUCAAGAUUCUUAUGUUGAAUCAAAUUACUUUAUAUCAUCUGAAUUUAAAAAUAUUCACAAUUUUACAUUUGGAGGAUAUUUGGCUUAUUUAUCUUUUUGCCAUGCUAUGAUAAUAAUAAAAAAAUUUAUUGAAUUUCCAAAUCUAAUUGAAAUAAAUGAAAUUCAAUAUAUUUUGCCUGUCCCAUUUAAUUCAGUUGUUUUAUAUAAAGGAAAAGUAGUCUAUUCUGAUAAAGAAAAAAUUCAAAUUAAAAUAUAUGCAUACUGUUUUGAUUUUAAAAGAAGUACAUAUUAUUUAACAACUAUUUUUGAUAUAUCAUUUGAAAAUAAUUGUGAUAUAUCCUUUAUACCUAAAACUGAUGAAGAAAUCAAACUUUAUCUACUCAAUUAUAUUCGUUCGCAACUUUUACUAUAA